AUGUUCCAGGAGGAGCACUCGCUGGAACACAGGUGCGUGGAGUCGGCCAGGAUCCGAGGCAAGUACCCCGACCGGGUUCCGGUGAUUGUGGAGAAGGCGUCCGGCUCUCAGGUUGUGGACACUGACAAACGGAAGUAUCUGGUCCCAUCUGACAUCACUGUGGCUCAGCUCACGUGGGCCAUCAGGAAAAGGAUCCAGCUUCCGUCGGAAAAGGCCAUCUUCCCGUUUGUGGAUAAGACUGUGCCACAGUCCAGCCUGACGGCGGGACAGCGGUACGAGAAGCAGAGAGCCGAGGACGGGCCCCUGGACGCGGCCCCCGGCGGAGAGGACACCUUGGGCUUCCGAGGGCCGCGCCCGGCCGCGCCUCCCGCCCCAGCCCCUGGGACCGGGCCCGCCGCUUUCAGCUCCCGCCAGAGCCGCCCGCGACAGACGCCUGUUAGUGCAUCUGUAACUGGAUUCAGUUCUUUAGUAUGUUAUUGGAAGGUUUCGUCUCCUUAG